UUCCAUUUCCGAAGCGGUCGAGAUGUCCAUAGUAUCUUGUUCUUCGUCACAAGGUAUGCUCCAGUAGGAGAUAUGCUUAUCUGGCGGGAUGGCGGUGCCGGCAGGUGCAGGAUCAUGGGCUGAAGCCAUAGGCUCGCAUAAAAAAAAUUAUGCAGACAGAUGAAGAAAUUGGAAAAGUUGCUGCUGCUGUGCCUGUAAUUAUUUCUCGAGCACUAGAAUUGUUUGUUGAAUCAUUAGUAAUGAAAGCAAGUCUCAUAACAAAGAGUCGAAAUGCCAAAACAUUGACUACAUCACAUUUAAAAUCAUGUGUUUUAGCUGAUAGUAAUUUGGAGUUUCUGCGUGAAUUAGUUUCUACGAUUCCAGAUGUACAAGGCGAAGAUGAACAAGUCAAUCCGUGCUCAUUGGAUGGAAAUUUAUCAUCAGGAGAACUGCGUGAAGCCCCAUCACAUAGACGACGACCAAAAGAUAGAGGAAAUAGUGAAGAUAGUGCAGGACCUAGCCAUUCAACAGCUGAUGAAUCAGAAACUUGGAGUGCUGAAGAAGAUGGAGAAGAGGAUUCUGAAGAAAGUUGUACAGAAUCAACAUCACAUCAUCCUGUUGUUUCAUCUUUGCCUGCAGCAUCCAUUCCUCCUUUGCCUUGCAAUGUAGCAUUUGCAACAAGUUCAUCACAUCAUUACUUACCUCAUCCUCUUCAGUGCAUACCAAGUAGCAGCACAUCUAAUAAUGUAGAUGAUGAUUAUGACUCUUGACAUUUCAGUCUAAAUCCAUGCUUUUUAAAUGACUCAACUGUUAUCUAGUAGCAUAGUUUUAAUCCAGCUGCUAGUCCAUUUGAUGAAGUUCAAACAGCUGAGCUGGUUAUUUAAUAUUCUGUGAACCAGCGAAACAAAGUUUCAGUUAACUUUUGCACAAUACAUCUGAAGUAUUGAUUUAAGUAGUGAAAUAUUGUAAAUCACCUUUUGUUCACCUUUGCAUUCAGUGGAGAACCACCAUAUUCCAACUAUUAAAUGCUUUUACUGCUAAAAUAAUAGGGCAUGAAAUCUUGCCAAAUAUAAACUGAUAUCUUUAACUUGUCCAUGAAGAAAUUUCUAGUUGAAGGUUUUCCUGGUGUUUUGAUACUAUUGUUUAGAAUGGUGUGUUUUUUGCUAUUAAAAAAAUAAUAAUAAUAAGUGCAAUUAAUUGUUCUUCAUUGUGGAAUAGGGCCAUAACUGUAAUUAACAUUAAAUUUUUUAUUAAAUAUUUAUUCAGAAAGAUGCAAUAACUCAUAAGUGUAAAAUGUAAGCAAUAAUUGUUUCAAUAGUUGUGGUAAAAUAAUCUAUCAUUAAAAUAUAUUUGUACUGUAAAUAUUAACCAAGGUGAAAAAUUAAAUGUAAAUUUUCAACAAUUGUGAUAUCAUUUAUGAAAGAGGUGUGUCUUUAAAAAUAGUAUUAUUUUAAAGCUGUUGAAAACUUCAUUUAAGUUUUUUUGAUCAUCCAUUCUACAUAUUUUGUCAAAAAAGUAUUUUCAUUAUAAAGAAAUAUAAUUGUGGUUCUCCACAAGCACAUGUGUAAAAAUAUUUUAUUUUUGUAAUUUCCCUCUCUUUUAGGAGGCUAUAAUAUGUGAUACUUGUGUUUGUUGGUGUUAAUUUUUGUCACAAGUAUUUAUGUAGUUCAGCUGUAAAGUUCUCCCCCAUUUUUUAUGUAAAAAUUUUGCAUUUUCCCUUUCAUUCAAAUUUAUUCAUUUUAAGUUUGAAAUUUUUCUUCAACUUAUAACCAAACAUUUUUGAUAUUUUGUUAUUUUCAUUGAUUUAAAACUCUUUAAAAUUGUCAUUUUUGAAUGUAUCUUGUUAGUCUUAAAUUAUCAUUUGCAUUAAUAAAUGUGAUCUGUUGGAAAAAUUGUAAAUUGUCAUUUCAUAUGUGAAAUAUACAUUCACUAUUUUAAAAAGAAAACUGUUAAUAUAUGCUGAUGAUAUUUUAAACAACAUAUAUUAGUAAAAAUUUAAAUAAAUGACAUAUAUUUACUUUGUAAUACAUUGUUAAAAAUACAUGCCUUUAUCAAUUUAAAUAGUACAUACAUAAAAGUGGCUGACAAAUGCUGCAAGCCAUUUUUAGACAGCAGUGCUUAAAGAUUCCCAUUUGAUCACAGCGUAGUGAAAACUUCUGAGUUACUUCUCUCGGUGAAUAUUGUACAUAGAAUGUUGCUUUUCCCAUGGAUUUAAAAAAAUUGUGUAUGUUUAUGUGACACAUUUUUUUAAAACACUGCAUUUUUGACUUGACAUUUUUCAUGUGAAUUUACAAAGUGUGACAGAAUAUGCUUCUGUAUGCAUUUUAAAAUGCAAUGUAUCUAAUGAAAUUGAAGAAAUAAUUUUAAUUUUAACUUCCUGUAUUAGCAUCAUGUCGUAUUGUAAAAUUUGUAUUCAGUGUUCAACAGUUACAUGUUUUUGUUAUAACAUUAAACAGUUAUAAUAGAAAUAAUAAAGAAUCUGGACUUUA